AUGGGAAAGUGCAUCAAAUCAUACGGACCGCCUUUAAGAGCCCAGACGUCUAAUGCACAGCGACCUGUAAAGUCGUCGAAGAAAACGCACGAGCCUUUUGAGAAUCUGAAUGGUGAAGAAUCUAAAGAGAACGCACCUCCGAAACUUCCGAUUUCUUCCAUGUAUCCUGCUCCUGAGGAAAAGCAAGACGAUGAAUAUGACAGCGACAGCCCUGUCACUGAAGACUGCGAUGCCAUUCGCCGCAAGAUCAAAGCCUUCCUCAACAGCGGCGAGAUGAAAGUGACAGAGUUUCAACGCGCUUGUCAUAUCAACAGCAGUUCUUAUCAACGAUUCAUAAAGCUGAAAGGUCCCUCCUCCGGCGAUGCCAACCAAACAUACAGCGCCGCCUUUCAUUUCUUCGAACGAAGGAAAGCGGGAGGAAAGAAAGAGGUACCUUCCAGAAAGCGACUAAGUAAUUUCGACGACCCGAAAGUGCAGCCAAAGAAGAAAAAGACGAUGGAGCCCAUAAAUCGCUCUCUCCUCCUCCUUGACGGUGAAGAGGACGGAGAAGUCGAGAUCUACGAUACGUGCGACGAAAUCAGACGUAAGAUCGCUGCGCAUCUUCGCGACCCCACCAACGUACAAGCCCAAUUCCUCCGUGAGAUCGCAGCAUGCCUUCCAGACCCUGACAUGAAGGUGCAGUCGAGUUCUCUGAAUACUUUCCAGAAAAAGAAAGGCCCACUUGCGGGCAACGAGUCCAGAGUGUAUUAUGCUGCGUACUGCUAUUUUGAGAAGAAGAGGAUUGCGGAGGGUAAGUCGAAGACGCAGAUGAGGUUGGAGAUGGAGGAUGCUUGGCCGAGUGGCGUCGAUAGGAAGCGACAAGGCGGUUUCAUCGUCACAGCAGGGACGUCGCUGUACACUGAUAAGUAUGGGAGGGCCAGGUGUCAUGUGCGCUAA